UCAAGAUAUAAUUUCUCUUAUUUUCUUUUAUACUUUAAGUGUUGCAACGAGGCACUCCGAACAAGUUCAAAUGACGGUUGGGUACACGUGGUACCUAUAGGAGCCUAUAAUCCUAGCUCUACGCCGCCCUUGAGCUAGCCUAUGAAUUAUAUAAACUUGGGCGCUCCCCCGCCUAAAUCUCAACCUCAAGUCCUCAGCCAACUUCAUUAUGACCGCUGCGCGGGAUCCAGUUCCGCCAUGCUGGAUUGAUGAACCAUUUCGUAAACCGCGGGGUCCCGGAUCAUGGGUCGUUUACGUUGUGGCAAAAAUCGACGCUCAUCAUCGUCCCCUGGCCGUUUUAUCUCUUCGAGAAUCCGAUAUCUUUUCAAUCGAUAAUGAUCGAGUUAUUGACUUGUGCCGGCGCGGCGUCGCUGCUUUUUCGGAUCCGACAAACCGGACUCCUUUAAUGUCGGAACUAAGUCUCGCAGCCGGUUUCUACAAUGAUCCACAAACGGCGGAUCUGCCCGUCCACGAGCUUCCGGAUGUUAACCACAUAGACUUUAUUAACCGGCGUAAAAUCGCACCCCUCUAUCAUAACAUUCCCGAAUUCCCUUUUAUUUCAACAUGUCUUCUUCUAGCCUCUGGUAGGCCGUUCACGACUCAUCCGCAACCGCUCGGAGCUGUCUUUCGCGAUGAAAGUCCGUUCUAUGGUAUGGUAGUGUUUGAUAUCAGUCGCCUUGAUGAAGUACGUUAUGGAAUCGUAGCCUUUAGCGCGCAACCCAUCGUAUUCAUCGAAACGCGGGAGGAGUGGCGUAACUACAUUGAGUUAGGCCAUGAGUUAAGGGGAAAGAGAGAAUUGAGAGUUGAGGAUGAGCGGCCGCGCGUAGCGCUCUCCGUAAAGUCGUUUGCCGAUAAAUUUGGGUGUAAAAAUGCGAGUAGCGGUGCAAGGCUCGAGAAAGUGCCCCUUAUUGAAACGGCCGCUUUUGAUCUUGUCUGGCCGCUUCGUUCUUCAGAUUCCGAUGCUAAUCGGCCUCUCAAACGUCAAUUUACCAGAUCCUUGCGUGAUAGAGCAAUCAUAACACUAAUCGAAAGCACUCUAGAGACAGACGCCUUUGACAUGUCGCUAUUUGACGAGCCGCGUAAACUGCCCUCCUUCCAAGACUCGCUGCGGCGAUUGAUACAGGCGAAGCCUGAACUCCUUGGUCAAUCUCAAUCUACAGCGCAACUUAUAGCGCUAGCUUUUGAGGGCAAAAAGCACCUAGACCUAGCACGCCAGAAAGGACUUACGGCGGGCAUUAUCAGGACCGUGCUCGAAAUGGAUGAGUUGAAGCAGAUUGAGUCAAUUUGUAUUUGCAUCGAUCGUAUCUCAAGCCCACUAUCCCAACUCGUUGAGGUAUUGUCCUCAUUCCCAACGCUACGCGAUGUAUGCCUCCUUCAAUCACCAACUCGCGAAACGGACCUACCAAGCGCCGAGAUGUUCCUCGAAUUGCACAAGAACUCGAAGAACCCACUCCAAAGAGUAGUCAUCGCGGGCAUCUACUCAACCUCACUCCGGAGGCAACCAUGGCUCCCAGAAACAGGCUUCACCCCACCCAUCUCGAAAUUCCCCGUUCACUACGUGUUUCAUAGGGAACAACACCGAACGCGGCGAAACUGGUGGAACUCGAAACGAUACUUCGUCGGAGACGGCCUUCUCGCCCCGCACCACUUCGCCGCCGGCUUUCUACACUGGCUCGAAAGCCCCGACUUCGCACUCUUUGCAUUCGCUAGAGGUCCACCGAAUCUUGAAGAAAUAUCUAGGAUUGAAGUGACUCCGGUACCCGCCGAAAAUUUCCAUGCCCAGCGCAAGCGGUCAUCUCACGCUAGUACCCGCGGCCUCGUUCGUGGGAGUUGGUGCGCUGUGGCUAGCGUGGAGAAGUAUUUUGAUAACGAGGCACAGCAGCGGAAUAUAGCUACGGGCGGAUGGGAGGCGACUGACGCGCGGCACAUUAAGUUUGCAUUGGUGCAACUGUUGAUCGAUGUUGAGGCUAAGGAUAUGCCUGUUGUGCUCAACCCGGAGGAUGUAAGAGUGUGUGGGCUCAAGGAAUUCCUGAACGAUACGACUGAAGAGGGCGUGGAUGCGCCACUGGUUGAGAGGAGGAUAGCGGAGGUAGGUGAGAAGAUCGCAGAUUGGCCUAAUCAGGGGAGACUUGGGGUCGAUCUGGAAUGGGUUGGUGUGAUGAAUAAUCAGGAAGGUCUUGAAGCUCUUAAUCAGCUAUUGAAGAGUACUUUCCUAUAGGUAGUUAUGGGGGGUCCAAGACCGCUUAGUAUCAUCUAUAGGUACUAGGUACCUAGGUACGCCAGGCGUUUCAUCGGAGGAGUAUGCCGCUAGAGUUCGCUGGAGUUCUACUGCGCCUUAGCGACCUUUCCGUGCAAAUUUAACGACAUCGAAGCACCUUUCAGCACACUUACCACUAUCAAAAUUACUAUAACCUACCAUAUCUAUCUCAUCGGAUCGAUCCGACAGGAGCACUAACGCCUGUUAGCACACACUAUUCUAACAACACGACCAUUGCAAUGACAGCUACCAAGGCAGAUAUUAUAAUUUCAGGUACCGAUAGCUUAGUAGCUAAACAGCAUAGUGGCCUGUCUAAGUACAUGCAAUAAUUUCCC